AUGGCACCGAAAACCCAGCCCAACCCGCGGAAAGCGGCUUCUAUCCUUGCCUGGUUCCACAAGACGGCACAGGCUCACAGCAUCAAGGACCUCGAGAAGACACUACCACAAGUCUCCUCCAUCAACGGCAUGCAAGUCAAGGAUUACCUCCAAGCACUUUCAGACGACAACAAGAUUCGUGUUGAGAAGAUUGGCAGCGGUAACUGGUACUGGAGCUUUCCUGCCGACGAAAAGAAAGCCAAAGACGCUGCUCUCAAGAAAGCCCAAGAGGAGUUCGACAAGGCAAACGCUACUGUGAACCAACUCCAGGCGAAAGUGGAUGAUGCAGGUGCAGCUCGCACUGAAGACGAGGAUAUGCUCAUGGAAACAGGUGGCGAUCGUAAGACACUGAUUACGAAGCAUGCCGACCUCACCAGAGACCUCGAGAAGCUCAGAACUGAGCUAGCCGCAUACAGUGAGCAAGACCCCGUCGAGAUGGAGAAGAAGGCCGCCGAAACUGAACAGGCUCAUCUUGACGCCGAGAAGUUUACCGAUCAAAUACUCGUCAUGCAGGGCUGGAUCAAUCAGCAACACUUUGGUGGCAGCGGAGGGCCAGACUUCAAGGACAUGCUCAAGUCGCUCUACCACGAUGAGUACGAUGAGGAUGAGGAAGGUUUACGCGAGCUGUGA